UUUAAAGGCAGUACAGGCGCGCACAAAACAAGAACAAGAAGGUAUCAUCAGCAUUCACCAAAGAUCGAAUUCUCGUAGCAAUGGCUUCGAAUGUUUCUCUUAAAAGCAAGGGAAAGAGCUCAAAGGGCUCUUCCAAGUCAUCUGAGGGGAAAUCCACAACCCAAGCCUUCAAGGAAUGGACCACUUGGGCCGUGAAGAAAGCCAAGGUCAUCACCCACUAUGGCUUCAUUCCUCUGGUCAUCAUCAUCGGCAUGAAUUCUGAGCCAAAGCCUCAGCUCUCCCAACUUCUCAGCCCCGUCUGAUCUGAUUUCUUGCGAUACGAUUCUCCAAGAUUUGGCGCUUUUUCUGAUGGAUCGGUGCCUUUUCGUCGAUUCACGACUUUGGUUUCUGUUUUAUGUGGAUUUGUUUUUUUUUUUUUUUUUU